ACCAUUUUUUGUCCAUCUCUUACAAGUACAAAAUAGAGGAAGAACAUUCUCGUCCUUGAGAACAACAUUGCAGGCAAGAUGGUCGCAUACUGGAGACAAGCAGGUCUAAGCUACAUUCGCUUCUCGGCGAUUUGUGCUAGUGCUGUUCGGGCAGCCUUGAAAGGUCCAUUGAAAGCAGAGGCCCUCAAAGCCGCGGAAACCAGUGUCAAAGUAAACCGACCGAAGACCGCAUGAGCCAUGAUAACCUGAGUCCUUGAUGUUGUGUCCAAAGGGCCCUUAGCUGGAAGACCUCUAGCGUGAAACGUUCCUUAGUAUGUUUGUCAUCAACAAAAGCAGUGGAAAACGACAUUUUAAUUUUCCAAAGCUCCACCAUUAAAUAUGUAAUUAAA